AUGCGCAUACUAUUGUUGGCUGCUUCAUUCUGUGUCGGCGUGACGUUCGGCCAAUCACAAUACCCAACCACAACGCCGGUACCGAUUUUGAAACAGAUAAACAGACACAAUGAAGAUGGCAGCUACAGCUACGGCUUCGAGGCGGCUGACGGAAGUUACAAGAUCGAGUCUAAAUAUCCGAACGGCGAGGUCCACGGAAAAUACGGCUUUGUCGACGACACUGGUAAUGUGCGUGAGAUAGAGUAUGGAGCGUCGCGUCGUGGUUUCGAACCCACGGGUACGGGUAUCAAUGUGCCCCCACCCACGAUCAACGGUAACAGCAUCGCUGAAGGCAAGGACGAGGACGACGGUCAGUACCGCGAGGACCCUUCAAUUUAUUACACUGAUCCAAGGUACACUAAUGGUGAGAGGUACGACCCUGUGCCCAAAGUGCCCAUAUACAAUCAUCAACUGCAGCAACGUCCAUUGCCUUAUGGUCCUGAUACUCCAAGCCGAGCCAUUGCAUCAACUUACCGCCAACCAGCACCGGCCCCAGUACCAGCUCCAGCCCCCACUCCUGCCGCUCAAUACCAAAUCCAGUACCAACCACCGUACCAAGCCCAACAAUAUCGACCCCAGUACCAGCCACAGUAUCAACCGCAGUACCAGCAACCUCAGUAUCAACCAGCUCAGUACCAGACUCAAGAAUACCACCCCAGCUCUGGAUCGUACAGCGUAAAUUACAAGCGAUGA